AUGCCGACGCCCGAGUCCGCGGCCUUCCUCGAGAAGAAGCCCAAGGUGCCUCCGACCUUUGACGGCGUCGACUACAACGACAACGCCGCCCUCAAGGCUGCCCAGGAUGCGGUGCUGCGUGAGCAGUGGGUCAAGUCCAUGAUGGCGCGCCUGGUCCGCGAGGAGAUGGGCAAGUGCUACUACAGGGAGGGCGUCAACCACCUGGAGAAGUGCGGCCACCUGAGAGAACGCUACUUUGAGCUGCUGAAAGAGUCCAAGGUCAAGGGCUACCUGUUCCAGCAGCAGAACAUCGCGCCCAAAUAA